GCACUAUCACAUGUGUACUCCUGGCGCGGCAAGUCUAAUAUAACAGUAGGAAAACUCCUCAUUGACUUGUGGAGGAAAGAUGAGAUGUCACUGGGUGUUGCAAGAACUCCGCAGUGGCUUAUUAAAGGUGACAAAAGUGGCUUAUAAAUGUUAUAUAGAUGCUACAGACUUAUCUAAAUAAUAGCAUAAAUAUUUGGGUCCAGAAAUUGAGCAUUUCAUACACAAAUUAUAUUUAAGUCAUGGAGACUAAGUUUUGGCAACCAUUUGAAGUACAUUGUUUAUUUGUAUUACAUUAUUUUUCUGUGUUGCUGUUGUGUACUCAGAUGAAUAUGAUGGUUGUGAUGUUACUCUGAGUGUAUAUCCACACCGGACGAGCUUGAAAAAUAUGCCCGGCCACGGUGGGAAUCGAACCUACGACCUUUGGAAUACUAGCCCAAUGCUCUGCCAACUGAGCUACGUGGUCUGGUCGGUUCGAGUAAGUGAUAUUUCGGAACAGAAUCUAGUUCCUUCGAUACCAGAGUAAUCUAGUAAUAUGAUUUUUUUUAGUAAUACGAUUUUUUCUAGUAAUAUGAUUUUUCAGCAACACAGAAAAAAUCAUAUUACUAGAUUACACCGGUAUCGAAGGAACUAGAUUCUGUUCCGAAAUAUCACUUACUCGAACCGUCCUGACCGCGUAGCUCAGUUGGCAGAGCAUUGGGCUAGUAUUCCAAAGGUCGUAGGUUCGAAUCCCACCGUGGUCUGGCAUAUUUUUUAACUCGCCCGGUGUGGAUAUACACUCAGAGUAACAUCACAAACAUCAUAUUCACCUGAGUACACAACAGCAACACAGAAAAAAUCAUAUUACUUGAUUACACUGGUAUCGAAGGAACUAGAUUCUGUUCCGAAAUAUCACUUACUCCAACCGCCCUGACCGCGUAGCUCAGUUGGCAGAGCAUUGGGCUAGUAUUCCAAAGGUCGUAGGUUCGAUUCCCACCGUGGCCGGGCAUAUUUUUCAAGCUCGUCCGGUGUGGAUAUACACUCAGAGUAACAUCACAAACAUAACAUUGUAUUACAUUGUUUAUUACAUUAUUCGUUUAGAUUUGCAUAAACCAUUAAUGGGUAAAGUUCAGAUGGGAUGUGUGAGUUCUAUCCCACUGCCAGCGGAUGUCGCAUCACCAGCCAUAGUAGAAGUCUCGGAAAAUAUUCGUGCAAAAAUAUACACGAUUUUCUCUAAGCUUGGUGAGUAAUAUCACAAUAAAGCGUCAUGUUAAUGUUAGCAAUUUGAAAGAUUGGCCUUCUGACCUCUGAUGGUUUAUAAUUUGUUUGGUAUUUUAGGUUUCAAUGAUAUUGCUGGAUUAUCGACCAUGGACUAUGUAACACUUGCUGUCAUUGAAAAUUAUUUCGAAUUCAAGGUCAGUCACCACUCACAACAGGACAAGUAUAGUCUGCGAUGCAGACGCAUAUUCCUUUUCCCACUGGAAUGUAAGUUGCGGCGGAAUGUGCGUCGACACCACAGACUACAGGAUAAUAAUAAUAAUAAACUUUAUUUUGAUGGGGGUAAAUAUACAUUUUUACCUGAAAAGGUAUUCUACCAAAUGGCCUUCAAUAAAAUUAAGAUGAGCUAUUUUACAAUAUAUACAAAGAAGCUAAACUAGUUGUAUUAGACACAGCACAUGGGACUAUAGCACCAAAUACAGAAAUAACUAUAUUAUUAAGCAUACAUAAUGUUUUUUUUUCAAUUUUUGACAAUAUGAGGAUAGGCCGGUUUCACCGUUUUGAUUUUUACCAUGACGAUUUGAAAACUGCAAAAAUUGUACAAAAUUUGGCUAAAACAUAAUUGUGAGGGACUUAUCAAUUUCCAUAGUUUCCAUAGUAAUACCAUUUUUAGAAAUUUUAAUUUUGAAUGACUUCGAGAUCUGUUUUUAAUGAAAAAUGUUCCGAACCGAAAUGAACUGAGAAGACCUGUUCAUAUACUUUUUUUGCCGACAAGGAUAAAACUGGUGCCCGGACCAAAGUAUAGGUACUGGUAAAGAGUUAUGCGUAUAAACAACGGUAUAACUGCAAAACAAUGAUAUGAAUUUUUUAUUCCCAGAUGUUUGAAGUAUGGCAAGAAGUAUCUGUUGAACUGGAACGUGAAAAUGUCCGCCCUGUUUCUCCUGACCUUGAUUGUCUUACUGAGAUGAAGAGAAUGUUUGAAGAACGAACAGCAAGUAUUAUUUCAUCUCAAAGAGAACUUUUACAGAAUCAGACACAGCAAGACCUCACUGAGGAACAGGCUUGCUACAGCAAGGUAAACAUUGUGUGCCUUCAAAUUGUCCCAACCCGACCAUUUUCACCUCUUAGAAGAAUGCGUUAAAAGUUUUGAAUUUGUAUAGGUACAGUAGAAUUAAUUAAGGAUUUAACAGUGAUGUUUGAAACUUUGGCCAAAAUUGCACGAGCCGCCGGUACUAAUUUCGGAUACUCCUUUACUUUCAAAACCCACUGUACUUCCAUUUCUUUUACUUGCUAGCUAGCAUUAAUUCUGGAUACUCACUGCGCUCAGUCCAAAGUAUUUAUGUCGAAGUUUACUUGAUAAGCUCAUGAAAUUGUAAAAGAAAAUAAAUAAUUUACACUCCUGAUGAACCGCCAUUUUGAAAUUUUUUGCUCAAAUUUUCCCCAGCUCCACUCUUGAUUUAUUGAUUGUUCUGGGGCUGGUUAUCGUAAUGCUAUAGGUUAACGAAAAACCUUAAAGCAAUAUUCCCAAAAUAGAUAUGGAAGUAUUUUUUCAGAAAUCUUUUCGGGAUCAAUAGAAGUUUAUUUUCUAAAGUUUUGAUAUAUCACUGAAGUGUUCAUUUAUCUGAAUAACUUCUAUAUUGAAAGCAUACUUUUUCUUACUUUGGAUGGUAGAGUUUCAAGACUUGUUUACAUAUCGUAGUUCGUAUUUAUAAAAAAAAAUGUUUGUGUCAAAGUUUGAGACAUGGCACCACUGUGAUGCCACAGAAACUUUUACAGUUUGAAUUGAUGAUUAACCCUUUGCGAAUAUAUUUUCUUUAGAUUAUUGAAAAUCAUAAACAACGAGAAAAAGCUUUCAACGACUUUUAUGACUACGUUAACAGAACAUCAGAUUACAGCGUGCUCAAGGUAUUUGUCUAUAUAUUUCAUGCAUAUUAAAUGUUUUUAGUAAAAAUGCAACACAGUGAUAAUGCACAUGUCCCAUAUUUAAAACUAUACCGCGUAAAUCCCCUAAGAAGCGUAAAGCCUGGUUCACAUAUUCCUGCGGUAUUGUAUAGCUGGCCACUGUACUUGUGCAUGGUAGUAACUCGCAAGCUUAGUGCUUUCAUCCAGCAUUGCAAAAGAACCUUUAAGAACACUCAUCGCCGAUUCGUGGCCGGUAUCACAGGCAGUCACCAUUUCUAUCGCCGGUAUGCCGUGAAAGUUAACUCGAGGUCAACUUUCCUGGCAUUUUGGCGGAAAGACGGGGGUGUACUGUGUCGUGCCUGCGACAAUUUUCGAUAUGUAGGUGGGAAUUCUAAAAAUCAGAAAAACGCUUUUCCGACGCACCAGCUCAAUAUAUCCCACAACACAUUGGGAAGGGCUGAAAAAGUCGGAGGAAUGUCAAGUGGUGGGCAAUCAGGAUUUUGGCGGGAAUUGAUAACGAGUUGUCGCCGAGGCAUAACCAUCUAUGGGCAUAACGCAGGCAGUGCAUAGUUUUACGACAUAUUAGAUUAAGGUUGGGACUAGGGCAAGGAUUAGGGUUAGGAUUAUGCUUAGUAUUAGAAUUCGCAUUCAUAGGGUAAGGCUUAGGUUGGCAUUAGGGGGCUUUCCAUUAACACGGCCAGACCGGUCAGAACGGUCAAAUUGUUGAAUGGAACACAAAACGUUUGGGCUUUGGACGAAUCUAAUCUGACCGGAAAAUUUAGAUAAAAUUAAAAUGAGGUCCAUUUCGCUAGAUAUUUGAGAAACGUAGACGAGAUUUUUCCAAUGAUACAGAGACAAAAAUUCGGAUCUGACCGGUCAGGCCAUUAAAUGGAAAGCGCCCUUAGAUUAGCAUGGGACUUAGUUAUGAUUGGGAUAAGGCUUAUGGUUUAGGGAUUAGAUAUAUGGAAAUUGAUCGGAUGGUUUACUUGAUUAGGCAAGUAAAGAAAAACAACUGACGGAUAUUGAAUCAUCUCGACUUUAUACUACCACUGAAGAUGAAGAGUAAGUAUAUAUGUUUCAUUCAUUUUCUCGAUGGAGAACUGAUCAGCUAACGUAUCUUUAUUCCCAUUGUCAUGAAUCCGAUGCCUACAUUACCAAACCACUUGUAACCAUGAGAGUUAUUGAAAUUAGCGUGGUUGGUAACGCAUAAGCAUCCACUAGCUGUUCAGGUCUGUUAUUGCAUCGUAGAAUAAUGCAGUUUACAUGAACAUUCAGUUCCAGUGUGAGGCGGAGCUACUCUAAAACUUUUUGUGUUCUUAUUACAGGGAUGAAGUUCUAACAACCCUGCAAUCUAACAUCACAACUACAGUGAGUAUGCAAUCAUGUUUGUUCAGCGGCAUACCUCACAACAUACCAACCUCGUACCUAGGAUCUUUGGGAACGAGGUUGACAACAUACUUGUAUGCAUGUUGAGAAUCGUGAUUAAUAAUUGUUCAACGAAAUUGUCCUUCAGAAGACUGUUGAUAAAUUUUUGGUAGUCGAAUGAAGUCUCUCUAAAGGCGGUUUUCCAGUACGCAAUUGUUUCCGCUCGAAAAUUAUAGUAUAAAUUGAAAUUAUUGAACAGAACAAUAAUCAAUCAAACAGUCUUUUGCGCAUGUCAAAUUUCAGUUCACUGGAAUAUAUUCACGUACUGGAAAUUCGUUUUUGAUUUGUUUAUUUCCUCAACAUUUGGUCGAUCUCUAACAUCAGAAAUUAUAGGUUGAUCAAAACUGAUCAUGGUCAUGGAGCGAAACUUGAUUUCCGAAAGAAAGACAAAUAUCCGAAAUUGAUUCCAUGUUACGACAUCAAUAUUUUAACAAUUUGUUCAAAUAUCCCAAUUGACGUGAUUUUUAUUUUAGACGUUUUGUGGACGUUUGGUGGAUAUUACGAGCGAUAUAUCGACAGGAAAGAGUUCGCAGUUACAGUCAAAACAUUUGGUAAACAGAACUAUCAGUGA